AUGUGUUUCCUGAAUUUUUUCUUGUUCGGGGCUUUGGUAGCAGUUAUUGCGGGUAUCUAUCCGUUUAUCCAUGAUAGCUACACUUUGAAAUAUGGAUCUUUCACAUCUGAAGAAUUACUGGAAGCCAAAAAGGCAACGCGAGAAAUGUUCAAUUUUGCAUAUGAAAAUUACAUCAAGCAUGCUUUUCCUAUGGACGAAUUGGAUCCAAUUAAUUGUUCAGGUCGUGGUUAUGACCAUCUUCAUCCGUCCAAUAUCAAUAUAAAUGAUGUUCUUGGAGAUUAUUCACUUUCUUUGAUAGAGUCGUUGGAUACUCUAGUUGUUUUUGAGAACCGAACUGAAUUUCAUAAUGCGAUUCGGAUGGUGAUCGACAACGUUUCGUUUGAGAGAAACGUUACGGUACAAGUGUUUGAAGCAACGAUAAGGAUAAUCGGGUCUCUUUUGUCAGCCCAUUUGAUCCUUACUGAUGAUUCCCAUAUGUUGGGUAAUUAUUCUUUAAAUGAUUAUGAUGGAGAAUUGCUUACAAUGGCACAUGAUUUGGCUAUUCGUCUGUUACCGGCUUUUAAUGGCACUAAAACGGGAAUACCAUUUCCACGAGUAAAUUUGCAAAAUGGGGUAAAGGAAGGAACGGUUAACGAAAAUUGUGUCGCUGGAGCCGGAAGUUUAUUAUUGGAAUUUACAGUUCUGUCACGCCUUUUGGGUGAUGGUACGUACGAAAGUUUGGCGCGCAGAACUAAUCAGAAGUUAUGGUCUUUGAGGAAUAAAGUAACUG